AGAGACGAGACGAAACUCUCACUGGAGAGAUUAAAGAUGGAGUUGGUGGAGAGCAGCUCCCUCGUGUUAGAGAAUGAACAGCAACGACAGCGGUACGAGCAAUGUCUUGAUGAGAUAGCCAAUCAUAUGGUUCAGGCU